AUGGUCACAGAAAGCGUAAAUUCUCGAUAUCCGCCUCCGGCUGAGUUCGACGUGCCUGGCCGGCGCAGACCUCAUCCGCCUCACUUGGACCCUUUGACUAUCAAUCCGCGCGCCGCGCGAACGGCAAAACCCGCCCUGAGAUCUCCACAUUAUCCAACUCAUCCACCACCCGGUCAGCGAUCAAGAUCACGUUCGCCUCUUCCUCAAACCGCUCCGUACCAUCAACCUCCGUGGCCCUCAGCACAGCCUCAUCAGGCCUUCCAGGCGUACCCAGGCCCCUCGCAGGGCUCAAGGCCCGAAUGGCAACCCCCCAGACCAACCGCUCGCCAUCCCGUCCACAUCGCACCACCUGAACAACUUCCACGUCAAUGGCUGCGAGACGACGAGACGGAACGGCCUAAUCAUCGCAAAGCUCCACCCACACGAGGAGGGCUCCGCAUAUCGAUGUCCACCUCACGGCUCCACGGAAGACGGCCUCGAACCCAAGAAUCCGGCGAGCGCCCCCAGGAAUUAACCCCCGAGGGCCUGCCUCUACCGCGCUACCCGACCAAUGGACCCGCCGACGAAAGCGCAACUCGAUCAAGUGUCAAUUCGUCCGAAACUUGGCGCUCCAGCAUUGAACAAACCAGCGGGACGGAACGCAGCAGUGUCCUGACAAAAAGUAGCUCCAUAACGGAUCUUUCUCCCGAUACCCCCGAUGCGCCAUAUGGAAUGGAUACUGGCAUGAGUGUGGAAGAUGCCAUAUCCAUGUAUCUCGACGGAUUUAGUGACGUGACCGAAGAACCCGGUUCGCCAAAGUCUCACACGGGAAGCAAAGCGCCAUCAAUCACGCCCCCGCCCUCCCGCGAUACACACCUGGAUGAGUUGCACUCAAAUUUCACGUCGUUGAGCGACGUUCCACCCCUUCCGCUUCACGAUCUUUCAAUUUCCCAGAAUGCACAAGAGCGUGUUCUGCAGGACUCAGCAUUUCCGCCAAACCUUACCUACUCCGAACCCACUCCUUUACAGCCUAUACUUCCCGAAUCACCGCCUGACUUUGCGCCAUUGGAACCCACUGUGCCAGAGUAUCCACCCGAACCCGAGCCUUCUGAUCCUGUGAAACCGGACUCUCCCCCUCCUGAAGCCGCGUCGGACUCACCAGUAGCCGAUGUGCCUGAAGCGCAGACACCACGUCAACGACAGCCCUCCAAGGUAUUCAUUCCCGGAUUGGUGCCACCUCAGUUCCUUUCUGGGGUUGGUGCUCGGGAUGAAUAUGGGUUCCGAAAAGCCACACAGUAUGUGACGUUGGAUCAGCAUGAAGCUUGGAAAGGACCCUACUCCCAUCACAUGGCACAACGAAGGGACAAAUGGUGUGAAAUGCUCAAGGAAAAUGGCCUCCCGGCAACGCAGCCGGCAAAGUUUCCUCCGCAGUCUUCAAAGGUGAAGCGAUUUGUGCGCAAAGGGAUCCCUCCCGAAUUUCGGGGUGCGGCUUGGUUCUAUUAUGCCGGCGGGUACGAGCAUUUGAACCGGAACCCUGGUCACUAUGAUCAGCUUGUGGAGACGGCCAUGGCCUCGGCGAGCAAUGACGACAAGGAGCACAUCGAGCGUGAUCUUCACCGCACGUUCCCCGACAACAUUCAUUUCAAACCAGAGGCGCCUGCACCUGCCGAGAACUCCGGCAGCAGCAAUCCAAAUUACGCCAAUGUCACAACGGAGACUCAGAUGAUCCAGUCUCUCCGUCGAGUUCUGUACGCUUAUGCCUUGCAUAAUCCGAAGAUCGGAUACACCCAAUCUCUCAAUUUUAUCACAGGCAUGCUCCUUCUUUUCCUCCCCGAAGAAAAGGCAUUUUGGAUGCUUCAUAUCAUUGCCGCAGACUUCCUGCCUGGAACCCACGAGAUCAGUCUUGAAGGUGCCAACAUCGACCUUUGGAUUCUCAUGGUUCUCCUUCGGGAUUCUAUGCCGGGCAUAUAUACUAAGAUCGCUGCGAUGGGAGGAACCCCGUCUGGACGGGGCAAGAUGCCUCCACUCACCGUCAACUCUCGCUUGCCCGAUAUCACACUCGGUUUGACCAACUGGCUCAUGUCGGUCUUCAUCGGUACCUUGCCGCUUGAAACCACCUUGCGCGUGUGGGACGUGUUUUUCUACGAAGGAUCGAAAACUUUCUUCCGGGUGUCUUUGGCUAUCUUCAAAGCAUGCGAACGAGACAUCCUUGGCGUCACCGAUCCGAUGGAAGCCUUUCAAAUCGUACAAACCGUCCCGAAGAAGCUGCUCGACGCCAACGCCCUAUUAGAUGAAUGCUUCGUGCGACGGCAUCGGGUCGGGCAAGGGCGCAUCGAGGAGCUUCGCGCAUUACGACGGACCGCUGUUCGACAAGAAAAGCUGCGACGAUCGGUGGCCUUUAGCAAAGGCCAGCUCCACUCGGGAACCGACGACUUCACCGGUCGUGCGCGCACACCGGUGCCCGGGAUUGAGCACCGCGUGGUCGGCUCUUGGCGUCACUUGAAACAACAUGCAUUCCGCUGA